UAUAUAUCCUCUUUUACAUUUCCUUAUAUGGCUCUCGAAGGGCAACUCGCCGGCGGCGGUAACGGCGGACGCAGAAAUGCAAGAGGCGCUAAGGAGGUGCACUUCAGGGGUGUGCGGAAGAGGCCGUGGGGACGUUUCGCCGCCGAAAUCCGAGACCCGGGAAAGAAAACCCGGGUCUGGUUGGGCACCUUCGACACCGCGGAGGAGGCGGCGAGGGCUUACGACGCCGCCGCGAGGGCCUUCCGCGGAGCUAAGGCGAAGACCAACUUCCCCUUCCCGUCGGGAAAGAGCAACCCAACCCACACCAGCACGUUGGAGUGUUUCUCAACUGGCAGUGGCGUUCACGCGCCCCGUCCACCCCCAAAGCUUGAACUCACGCGCCGCCCUUGCGCCGGAGGCAGUAUUGUCGGUGCACCGAUGAAUGACCCGCACUAUUUCGCCCGUAGACAGCCGGCUCAUGUGGCGUUCCUGUCAAAUGGUCAACCGGUUUUGGUCUAUCACGGACUGUGGGCACCCGGGGUGGUCAACCACGGGCUGGCGUACUGCUUCCAGCCGCCGGCUGUUAUAUCUGCCAAAUGCGGAGAGAGCGGCGGCGCUCACAGCUUCUCAGACUCGUCUUCCGCGGUGGAUGACAGCAAUGUUGACGGCGGCCUUUUCAAGAACGGUCUUGACCUUACUCUUAACCUUGCUCCACCCACAUAAAAUUAGAACGUGUUCUCGUGACCUGAUCUCUGAAUGUUUUUUAUCUGAAUUUUUUAAGUUCAAAUCAAUUUGCGUUCGUGAAUCUGCUAGUUGUUUCAUUAUUUUGUAAUCUCUAGUUUAGUAAUGUAGUACAUAAAAAUGAAUUUAGUCAUCUACUGAUCUACCCAAAAAAGUUCUCAUA